UGUGUCGCACCCAGAUCCCCGACUCUGUACAAGGAGACCUCUUAUCAACAAGAAAUUCACACAAGAAGGCACGCCUUUUCAUCCGAUUCGCUCCCGGUGAAGAAGUCGUAGAUGAAUACGCUUGUCAGGAACUUUCUGGCCGCGGACCGGUUCGCCGUCGUCGGCGCGUCCACCAAUAGGAGCAAGUUCGGCAACAAGGUGCUGCGGUGCUACCUGUGGCGGGAGAAGACGGUCUUCCCUGUUAACCCACGCGAGGAGGAAAUCGAGGGGAAGAAGUGCGUCAAGUCGCUCUCUGACCUUGCGGACCCGCAAGACGUGUCCGUUUCCGUCGUCACUCCCCCGGCGGUGACUCUUGGCGUUGUCGAGGAGGCCGGGCGCCUGGGCGUGAAGAGGCUGUGGCUCCAACCGGGGAGCGAGAACGACGAGGUCUUGUCGAAGGCCGAGGAAUUGGGCCUGCAAAUCAUCCACGGGGAGCCUUGCGUUUUGGUAGAGCUCGGCUACUACGCACCCGGUGGCCUGGGCAGCAGCAGCAGCGACGGCGGUGAGGGCAGCGGCGGCGGCGGCGGUAGCGGCAGCGGCAGCAGCCUGUAGACGCUGAGCAAGCGGGCCACAACAAAGGGUUUUGGUAGGCAAAUAGACGGGGGUUUUGUGUCAAACUUAUCUCGCUGGCGGCGGCUGGAGUGGAAGGUUAGUUUCGACAUUUUGUGUGAUUGA